AACUUUGUCGGUGCUAACAAUGAGCUUCGGGAGUUACUGCAAUUUUUGAAUAAAGACAGUACUAAACAGGAAGUUAUUUCAACUAGUUGUAAUCAAGGUAUAAACUGGCACUUUAUUCCUCCUCAUUCCCCACAUUUUGGCGGAUUAUGGGAAUCAAAUAUCAAAUCUGCUAAGAAACAUAUGAGAAGAAUCAUAGGCAAUCAAAUUCUUACUUAUGAAGAAUUAACCACUGUAUUUAAUCAAAUUGAAGCUUGUUUGAAUUCGCGACCUCUGACACCGAUCAGUGAAGAUCCAAAUGAACUAUCAGCAUUAACUCCAGCGCACUUCCUUCUUGGGGAAGCCCUAACUUCUUUACCAGAACCUGAUCUUCAGCAUAUUAAGUUGAAUCGAUUAUCCCGAUGGCAGUUACUCCAGCGCAUGGUGCAAGACAUUUGGAAACGUUGGCAUUUGGAGUACCUGAGCCAACUACAAAAUAGACCAAAAUGGACAGAAAAAAGAAGAAACCUGCAGUACAAUGAUUUAGUUCUUGUCAAAGAAAAGAAUAUACCACCUACAAAGUGGAUUUUGGCUAGAAUUAUAAGAACUCACCCUGGUAAGGAUGGGCAUGUCAGAGUUGUCGACAUAAAAACAAAGGACGGAAUAUUUACUCGAAACAUCAAUCAGCUAUGUAGAUUGCCUGAAAACUCAAAUAAUCUUGAAAUCUAGGGAUUUCAAGGUGGGCAGGAUGGAUGGUGGGGUGAUGGAUGUCGCCACCCCGCGGAUAUUAUGAUUUUUGUUAUUUUCUCAUAUUUAUGUUUUACAAAUUUAUUAUUGUUUAAAUACUCCAUAAUUUAAUUUUAUCUAGUUUUUUAUACAUUUUUUUUACAACUGUAAUUACUUAAAUUAUUAAUAAAUGUCUCAUAACUCUCGUGAGAAAAGACGAGAUGAGAACGAGAGCGUUUGAUGAACGUUAGUUCGAAACAAAGUUUGUCCUGUCUCUUUUUAAGAAAACA